GGGCGGCUCAGUUGCCGUCGGUCCCAAGUUAAUAAUACUCCACGCGAUCUCCACCGAAGUCGGUCCGAAGAUUUGGCCGAUUUGCCCGAGAUAGUCACCCGGUUCAUUAGGGGAUUUGGAAUUGGAUUCGGACUCGGAAUCGAAAUUGAAAGUGCUUUGUUGUCUUCGACACUCGACACUCGAUAUUUACUUCAGCUGGGUGUUGCCAGCGAAGGCCUUUUGCGAUUGCAUUCAGGGCUUAAUCGAUUCGAAAUAGCUGGCCCCACAAAAGCCAAUCAGCGGAUACAAUUCAACAACAUGAAAGUGAUGCAACGCGUGUUACUUGUAGGCUGCCUCAUAGUGGGAGUGGGCAUGGUGAGGUCACAGGACUAUCAGGAUUACCAGGAGAAUACACCAAGGACGGCUCCCCUUCGCCUGCGAGCGAAUGCCGCUCCUGCCCGUGCGGAAGCUCCUCGGGCCGAUCCAGUGGCCAUCCUCAAGCAGAUCAACAAGCACAAUGAAGAUGGCUCCUACACUAUGGCUACGAGGGUGCGAUGGGUCCUUCAAAUCGAGACCAAGUUGGCCACCGGUGAAGUCAAGGGCAAGUACGGAUAUGUGGACGAAACCGGAAAGGUGAGGGUGGUGGAGUACGGAGCCAAAUACGGAUUCCAGCCUUCCGGAGAGGGCAUCACAGUGGCACCACCCACGGUCGAUGAAACAGCCAAGGAGGAACCUGAUUACGCAGAUGAGCCGGUGCCCCCGCCCCAAAAACCUUAUCGUGUUCAGCGACCCCAGCCACGCCCACAGCCACGCCCGCAGCCACAGCCCAGCGCAGUAUGUGCAUAUGAGGAGGAGGAGGAGCCACAACGUCGGGUGCAGUAUGCACCACAGCCUCAGCCGCAGCAUCAACCGAUCCCGCAGCCCCAGCAGCACCACCAGCCUUCGGUGGGUCCUGCACCACCUAGACUCCAAGUUCCCGGCGCCCAGCGCACCACUGACGUGCUAUAUUCCCCACUUCAGCGUCCAGCUCGCCCUGAACCAGACUACUCCCAAUCCCAGAGCUUCGGCGAGGGACCCUCUAAUGUGCGGAUUUCCGGCCCGUUUACGCCUGCCCCCGCUUCGCCGGCUCCGAGCAGUGCCCGUGCUCAGGGAUUCCUGGCCCCCGCCUCCGGAGGACGUCCACUGCUGGAACCCGUGGGUUUCGGUCAGGCCCAGCAGCCCAUCGCUCGACCUGUCCAGCAGCAGCCGAGCUACCAGCCACAGCCACAAUCCCGCAGUGGUGGUGGAGGAGGUGGCUCCGGUUUACUGGAUCAGUUAGCCCGGGAUUACGCUGCCCAGGAAUGCCCACCACUGCACGACAUCACCUUCGGCUACUACUGAAUGGAGCCUAAGAGGUGGUUACCCAGCAGUCCCCAUCCUCCUCAUUAACCCUGAGAUUCCUUCUUUUAGGUCCUAAUCGCACAAGUGUGCCCUGUCCCUGAGAUUUUUUAAGCGAUAAUAAAAAUUCCCUAUUAAUAAAUUAA